UCGGCUGCCGAUCACUCAUUUCCUGGUCCCACUGACACCGUGUAUGUUAUUGGUGUAUUUGUUUUACAUAUUAUGUAUUGCAUAUGCGGCAUUCCAGUCAACAAUUUGAUGAAUCCUCCUUAUCUUGGCUAAUUUUUAUUUUACAUUUGAUCCGUUCCCCAACCCCCAACCACUUCUUGUUUUGGAGAGACAGAUUAGAGAGAGCAAGAGAUGUGAGCAGCCUCCUGUACACGUGAGUCUCAUGUGACUGGAGCUCUUUUUUUACUGUAAGAGCAAAGACGUGCCUGGAGUCACAGGGUUUAACACGUAGCUCUUCUAACACCCACACGUUCAUUAAAGGCAAGUGUAGUGCAGCAAACUCCGACUGAUCAGUCAGCAAGGCAGACAGAGAGACAGAGAUAGGGAAGGAAACCCCCAGCAGCAGCAGAGCAGAGCAGCAGCAAGAAUCAGAAUUUACUGAAAUGGAAAGGAUCACGAGUGCACAGCCUCCCCCUCGGAUGGCGAAAAUCCCAACUUUUGAAAACAACGAAAUGCAAGGAAUGGAAUUUUCUCAUAUGUUUCUUUAUAAAACUAAGAGGGGGCUAAAGAAAGGCGACGACAAUAAGGAAACAUAUAAAUUGCCUCACCGACUGAUAGAAAAGAAAAGGCGUGACAGGAUUAAUGAAUGCAUUGCACAGCUAAAGGACAUGCUCCCUGAACAUCUCAAACUGACGACUUUGGGGCAUUUGGAAAAGGCAGUGGUUCUUGAACUUACCUUGAAGCAUGUGAAGGCGUUAACUGGCCUCAUUGAACAGCAGCAACAGAAAAUACUAGCCUUGCAGAAUGGUUUACAAAUUGGUGAACAGACAGCUAAGGCAUCUGAGUCUAGUCAUGAGAUGUUUCAGUCUGGAUUCCAAAUGUGUGCCAAAGAGGUGCUCCAAUACCUGGCCAAGUAUGAAAAUCUGAGAGAGGUGAAGCCUGCACACUUAGUAAAUCAUCUUCAGAAGAUGGGAGCAGACAUUCACACAGGGGGAUAUGUUAAUGGGAUGGGGCAGAGCUCAGUACGGUUUCUGGAAGGAGAUUUCAGGUCCAGAGCUGAAGGACCUGGCAAGAACUGUGUGCCUGUAAUCCAGAGGACUUGUCCUGCCAGCAGCGAGCAGAGUGGCAGUGAUACUGACACUGACAGUGGGUACGGUGGCGAGCCUGAUAAAAGUGACUCCAAGCAUGACCUGGAGAGUGCAGAGAGAGAGAACGAGCUGAAGCACCCACUGGCAGAGAGGAUUGUCUCUAUUAAACAAGAAUAUGAGGAACCGCCAAUCAAAAAGGUUCGGAUGGAGCUGUCUGAGGAGGACAUCCGCAUGACUAAUGGCGACCACACUGGAGGUAGCUUCCUGAGUCAUCACCCACCACCACUGUGUGUGCCUUUUUAUCUGUUGCCACCAUCGGCCGCUGCAUAUAUGCCCAUGCUGGAGAAGUGCUGGUACCCGACCUCCAUGCCAGUCUUGUACCCUGGGAUCCCUGCAUCGGCCACGCUGACCGGGCUGAUGAACCCCGAUAAACUCUCUCCUCUCUUAAUUUCCCAAAGGGGGGCUUCGCCAGUCUCCAUCUCCCCAUCAAUGGACACGUCUGCUCUGCUUCAAGCCCCUAAACAAGUCCCGUCCCUGAGCGUGGAAACCAAAGACUGAUUUAUUUUCAUACCAGAAACUAUGACUGAUCUUGUGUGUUUACAUGAAAAAAAAAUCUUUCAAUUUAAAACUAGUUUGAAAAUGAUGUAAUCCCAGGUUGGUUAGUGUUUACAUUUAGAUUUGACGCCAUUUUCCAACAGUUGUAGCCUCAGCUAAUGUAAACAGUUAGAAAUGGCUGUCGAGACCAUAAUUCAUUCACAGUUAUAGGAAAGGACAGCAGAUUGCUUCAGAUGUGAAGUCUUUGCAUAAAAAUGUCUUUAAAGUGCAAUGGAUUUAAAAAAGAUAAACUUUCCUUCACCGUUCUUGUUUUCCAGCUAAACAAAACCUCCAAAGUUUUCAUAUAGUUUCAGAGGUGUAAGCGCACUGUCUGUGAAAUGAAUGUAAAUGGUGAAAUUAUAGAUGCUGCUUAAGCUUUCUGCUGUAAUAAUAGCCAAGGAACUGACUUGUGCCCUUCCUAUUAGCACUGAUAUGCUGCUAAAUGAUCCCACCCAGUUUAAAAGCACCAAAUAUUAAAUGUAACUGCUUCUGUAUAUACCUGUAUUUUUGCAGGAUUGAUAAAAGUCAGUAGUAACUAUCCUUGCAGGCUCUUAAAGGGGAUGUUGAGUGGAAAUGGUGACCAUAAUAUGAGCAAGUGAUGUAUGAAGUGGUAUUUUAAAAGAUUCAGCAUGCUGUUUGAGAGAAAUGCAAGAAAUUGCUGUAAAUUUUGAUGUGUUAUGUGUGAAUGGUGGGCUGGUCGAGGUUUUGAGGAUGCCAAAGUCAUUACUGGAUAGCCUGUUUAACGCACAGUACUUCGACAAGAUGUAUUUAAAAAUAAUGAAUCUUUUUAUUUUCUUUGCCAUUCGUAAAAGAUGUUGCCUUUCAGGUUUCGAUAUCUGGUAUGGAUCUGCUGGUAAAUGCUUGUAUUUGUGUAAAUAACGGAAUUCAGAUAAUAUGGGAAGGUUGAAUGUAAUGUUUUGAAAAAAAGAUGAAGAUUAGUUUUGUAUAGGGAGAGGUAAACAGACUAUUUUUGGAAACUUACAGCAGAUGGAAUAUUGUAUUGUACAUAUUUUGUUUAUACAUAAAUGUUACUAUUCAUUUAAAAUAUGAUUAAUAAAAUAUUUUUCCUGUGGAA